UCAGUCGGAAGUUCCUCACCAUCUUCGGCGGAAGUAAGCUGUUGUCCCACCGCCUAGACCUUCCGUGUCUGCUUCUCCUGCAAGAAGAUUUUUUUUUGUCAACAAGCGAUUAAGAGAUGUUUUGAUUUAUUAUAUUUUUGUUUCUUAUUUUCACUUCAAUUUGCAUAUAUAGAAGUUUAUUUGUUCUGUUCUUGAAGCCCGUAUUUGCUCCGCGAAAUGGACUGUCAGGAAGCAGAGGAGGUGCCCUCUGAGGAUCCAGUGCCAAGAAAUGGCAUCGGCCUGACUGAAUUUUCUGAUGAAAUCUUGCUGAAUAUUCUCAAGUUUGUACCUCGCUAUGAUUUAAUCCUUAGCAUGAGGAAAGUGUGUAAAAAGUUUGCUAAUUUAUGCUUGGAUAAAAGCCUUAUUAGCAAAGUACUGCUAUCCAGAGACUACCAGGUAAAUGACAAUAAAGUUAAAGAAAUGGUUAAAGAAACAGCUACCAAAAUUCAGGAGUUAAAUGUUAGUGGGUGCUACUGGCUGUGUCCACAAACAAUUGACCAGAUAUCCAGAUGUAAGAGUUUGGUCAGACUGGACUUGUCGGACUGUCGAUUGACCUCUCUGCGUUUGUCAAAAAUGCUGUCCUGUCUUCGGUCUCUGCGCUCUUUGGCCAUCGAUAUUAACCAUGGUUUUGACUCUAGCCAACUCAACAGCGAGAGCAAAGCAACGCUUAGCCAAGUUACUGAGCUCAAGCAGACCUUAUACACACCAUCCUAUGGAGUUGUGCCUUGCUGUACAAAUUUGGAAAGACUUCUUUUGUAUUUUGAAAUUAAUGACUACACCAGAGAUGGCACAAUGGUUUCCUGUCAGCUAAUGGUGGGCCAGAGCAGUGUUCCACACUAUGAGAACCUCAAUAUUUUUUAUGCUAGGUUGGCACCUGGCUAUGUCAAUCAGAUUGUGAUGAGACUUUAUCUAGCAGUUUUCAGUGUUCGGGUACCUGAAAACCUGCGUGCCUUUGUCAUUUCCAUCCCUGGAAACUUCCCCGAAAGUGGAGCAGCAGCAAAAAACAUUUUAGAGGGUAUGGCAAAAAAUGCUGCCCUGGAAGCCUUGCAACUGCCUAAGACGUGGGUGGAUAGUACUUCUUUCCUACAGAAUUUAAAACUUACUGCACCUUCUUAUUUAAAUUUCAGUCGCUGCAUGGUGUUGGGCAGCCAUUUGAUUCACCGGAUGCUGAAUGAUGGCAAGGACUUCAGGUCUCUUAUAAGUCUAAAUCUCAGUGGAUGUAUACACUGCCUUUCCACAGACUCCUCCCGAAAUGCUGAUGAUGAUAUUGACUGGGAAGUGCCAGAAACGCUAGUAAGCGCAUGCCCUAAUCUACAACACCUCAACUUGACGGCCGCCCAUCAUCAUAGUCAUCAGGGUUCUGGAAAGCAUUUGUGUGCUAUCUUGGCCAAACUGAAGAAUCUGCAUUCUUUGGCGUUACCAGUGUGCAGCAUUUCAGAUGAGGUAAAAAACUCUGGUUCACCACCAGCCCAUAGUGUGCAGCCAUCAGGACAUUCGCUCACUUUUGGCUUUAAAAAGAAUAUUAGGAUUGGCGUUAAAACAUACCACCCUAAAAACAGCUUGGAGCAGUCAGACCAGAAUUCUCCAAACUCAAGUUUUAGAGGUCUGCUUGAGGCUGUACCUUUUGUUUAUGAGAUUGAACUAAUAGGAUCAAGCUUUUCUUCUUCCAUGCCUCGCAAUGAGCCAGCUAUUCGUAAGGAGUUGCCACCAUGUCCUCAGGCAAAACAGAUCGGAGAUGAGGAGGUGGCAUGGCUUAGUCAUCUAAAACUCUUAAAAUCUCUGACCUUAGCCCAGCUGCCAGGCAUCCUGAAUGGGGCUGGAUUAUUACAGGUUGGCAUGAUGUGUAAAGAGCUGCGAGUGCUCUCUCUAGCAAAUUUGGGAAUGCUUAAAAAAGUAACAUACAUGCCAUACCUGAUUGAGUGCUUUAAGCACUGUAAGCAGCUGAAGGACCUGCGUCUUGAGCAACCAUACAUUAGUGCCAAUAUUCAAUUUUUCCAGGCCCUCACCCACUGUGUUGCUCUUGAGCGUCUCUGCAUUAUUUCUCGUAAUGGCACCUUUCAGCCAGAUGCGGUGAUGUUGUUCAUGGAGCACUGCUGUAAUGUAAUCAUGUUGCACAUGUUCAUGGGAGAAACCCUGGUAGCAAGUAAAAACAUGCAACAAGCUCUUCUACAAAGGUUUAAGGCCGAACGACCUGCACUGAAUGUGGUCAUUUACCCACUGCUGCACGAAGGUCUUGCUGACGUCAUCAGAGAUGUUCCCCUUACGCACCUGGAUGAAAUCACUUUGUUCAAGAGCCGUGUGGCCGAGGAGCCACCAAAACUGUGGUGGUAGACCGAAGAGCAUGUUCAUUUCAUUUGAAAUAACUGUGGCUGAAAGCGAUACUGUGUACAGCAUCUGAAAUAAUUUGUUCACUUCCCAAAUAUAAGCAGCACUAAGUUGCACUGUAGCUUAGCCACCUCCGCUAAACCCAAGGGCCUUGUUUAAUGUAGAAAGUCUUUCAGUUGGCCAGAGUGGCUUGAAAGUGUAGUGUAUGAAAUGAUUGUUUUAAAAAGGGUCAGCAUUGCCAGUUUAAAGCAUUACAGUGUUCUGCAUCUUUAAUACUAACUAGCGUCACUUAUACAUAAAGCACUUUGGUGUUAUUGUUUAGCAUCUUUGAUGGUAACAGCCCAUAUAAAAUAUUUUGAUGCUGCUUGUGGGUUUUGCUCUCUUUAUAGCAGUGUGCUGUUAGCGCUCCAUCCUUGCCUCUUAUAAACCAAGCAGCACAGCCUGAAAUGUUUGUUUCUAUUGUGUACUGUAGCGUCUAAGCAGGAAAUCUUCUACUCAUGCAGAACGUCUGCGGCCUGUCAGGUGGAGGCUGGUGUGAGCUAUUACUGUUUCAUUACUUUCUAGCUGGUGUGAUUUUUCUCUACCCCACCACCCCCCCACUCCCACAGCGGUAACCGCAGAAGAACCUAUCAGCCUUAUUAAUGGUUCUGCCAGCUACAUUGUGAAGCCAGUGGAUGUGUGAAUGCAAUGGCUAAUUUUGUAUUGAUCCCUUGUAAUUUGUGUUGAGCAGUUUAGGGAUGUCUUAGAGUGUGGAAAUCCGUAAUGAAUGAACAAGCCUCACUCCAAUCUAUUUAUUCUUUAUCCGUAGGGUUCACUUUCUCACAGCUGAAACAGUCUGGUCAGGUAAAUACGGACCAUACAGCUGAAAAAACUGCCAUUGUUAAAGAGUUGCUCUGAAAUUUGUACAAAAACAUGCAUUGUUCUUUCUUCUUCUGAAAUAGUAUGCAGACAUUACAUUUCAAAAAUAAAAUGCAUUUUUUUGCAUUCAUAGGAUAUAAACACUAAAUGUGAUUAUUAUUGUUAUUUUUUAAUUAAAGGGAUCGCACAACAUUCUCUAGCUGGGUCUGAAGUUUUGGAAAUGAAAAA